AUGACCAUCUCAACGGCCAGCACAACGGCGGAACCUGUCAAGCGAGACCGUGCCUCGCCCUCGCCUUCUUCCUCAAAUUCACCCUGGCCCGCCGUCGACGAGACCGAAAUAAAACUUCCACGUCUCGACGCUGAUCCAGACGCAACCAAUACAUCAACAAGCGAUCAAGCCUCAUCACCCGCCGCUCGACAAGGCGAAGUCACCAUCCUGAACGGAUUCCAUCUCCCCCUCAACGAACAAGUCUUCAAGACGUUUUUCCAAUACGCACACGAUCGACACAAUGUCUUUCUCAGGCGAAAGCAAGGAGCACCUCAAGAAGAGUGGACCCGCGAUCCCGUUCUCAGCUCGACGAAGUUUGCAAAUGUCUACAGAGUGCUUGACCGCUCGACGCAAUACGUUCUCACGCAGGUGGUGCAGGAUGGGCCGCAGGAGCUGGAGGAAGUGUGUUUCCGCAUCUUUCUGUUCCGUUCCUUUGCGCGCAUCGGCACGUACGAGGUGAUCAAAAGCGCGCUUGGCGGUCCUCCUACGCUCCAGGGCUUCUCGCCUGCUGCGUACGAGAACAUCCUUAUGCCUCAUAUCGGUGCUGGCAAGCCAGUGUACGGUAGUUCGUACUUUAUUCCUGCCCCGAAGGAGUUUAGGACUCAGUAUCCGUUCCAAUCGACGCUGCGGCUGGUUCAGUUGAUGAUCGGCACGCAAUUACCCAGCAAGCUUGUUGGUCUGCAUCAUAUGCGCGAUGCUCAUGCUCUGCUCACCACGUUCCCUAGUCUAGGUCCCUUCCUGGCUAUGCAGCUGUUGCUGGAUCUCAAUCUCUCGGAACAUUUCGAUUUCAGCGAAGAAGAGUUUGCCGCAUGCGGUCCCGGUUCUCGCAACUGUCUCGUCGACAUCUUUGGCAAAUUUGUCUCGGGAUUCGAGCUGGAAGCAAUGCGAUGGAUCCAGGACAACCAAGACCAUUACUGGGAGAAAUACGGCAUCACAGACGUACCGCAUCUGUGUCCUACUCGCAAGCCGGGCCUCAACGUCGUCGAUAUUGAGCAUACGCUGUGCGAGGUGUUCAAGUAUCGUCGUGCCAAGAGAAGGAUGGAAGCUACGGCAACUGCCAAGCGCGGCAAACGCGCACGCCUAUCUCCCGGGUGUGCAUCCUCUGUCGCUGCUUCUGCCGUCACCGUAUCACCGCGCACGAUCAAGCAGGAAGACGACCAGGAUGGCGUCGACGGACUCGAUUUUGAACGUAUCCGCUCCAACGGCUCCAAGACCUCCUCCUCUACCACGGACAAAGUCAGAACAUUUGCGGCAAGCGGCGACACGAUUACCGGCCACCUGCCCACAAAAUGGCUCGCCCCCCGCCCAGCGGAAGCGUACGAACGCCCGCCCCCCAUCGAUCGCAGCGAAGAGGUGUACGAGGUCUCGCACAUUGUCGCGAUCACGCCGACGCAUUCCAAGUGCUUGGUGCGGUGGAAGGGAUUCGGCCCGGAGGACGAUACGUGGGAGAACACGGAUGAGCUCGUGAGUGGGGGUGCGAGCGAGGCGGUGGAGGAGUUCAUGACGUGGAUCAACGGGGUGAGGGACGAGAUUGGGAGGAUGUUGGAUGCGGAGAAGCAGCAGAGGCUGGAGUUGGAGAAGAUGUCGGCGCAGAGCUUGAUGGACGAUAGUCGGAAGAGGACGUCGAUGCGGAGGAGUGGGAUGGGAUUGCCGUUUGCGAAUCUGCCGUUGAGGUUACCAUUCUGA